CCACCUGCGAAGUAUCAGCGCAUUGGUAAUACGGUGACAAGCGGUACACACGAGGUCAUUUUGAAUAAUUAAUUAUACGUUUUGUGGAUAUAUUUUGUGCACUUUCAUGAUUGAACAAUGGUCAGCAAUGCAUUAUUUACAUGGUCGGACCAAUAACGUUUCUGAAUUUCGCAAACGACUCUGGCGAUGCAAGUUGGAGAAAUUUGUUGUCCGCCUUCAUUAUCGCAGAAAAUGUGGAGCUCGGUAACCGCGGCUGGCACUGAAAACGGGCCCGCACCACCUUCCAGAAGCAAGCACAGUGCUACUUUACUCGCCGGGCACGUGUACCUACUAGGAGGACGAAACGGCAAUCUUCCCCUCAAGGAUCUCUGGCGGUACAGUCUGGCCGAAAGCAAAUGGGAGGAAUUGCAUCCAGGGGGAGAAAGACCGCCAGCACUUCAGGAACACAGCGCGGUAGCUUACAAGGAUUGCCUUUACGUUUUCGGGGGUGAACUCGGCUUUUCCGCGGGCACGGAAACUCCGCUUUGGGUCUACAAUGUCAAGACAAACACGUGGAGAAAAGUAAGAGCACAGCGGGGUUGUGCAGUUCCUAGAGGGCGGAGAGGCCAUACCGCCUUGGUUCAUCGUGGUCAAAUGCUCAUUUACGGUGGUUAUCAAGAUUUACGCGGCAGCUCUCCCGAACUAUGGGCGUUUCACUUCGAAACGGAAUCGUGGCAUUUGCUUUCGUCCAGCGAAAGUGGUCCAGCAGCGAGACACAAACAUUCCGCUGUUUUACACGGAGAUGCGAUGUACAUUUACGGUGGGAUGACCGAUCUGCAAGAAAGAAGCGACUGCUGGCGAUGGGACGUCAACACAGCUUCUUGGUGUCUGCUGAAGAAUAAACCAGGUCCAGGACCUCUUCACGGACACGCGGCGUGUAGACUUCCCAGUUGUAUGCUAAUUUUCGGCGGAGAAAGCGGUGGUUUAGCUACGAACGAACUCUGGAGGUUUCAUUUCGGUACAGAAACGUGGGAGAAAUUAUCGGUGCCAGGUCCUAAACCGCAACCAAGGGCAGAGAGCGUUGCUCUAGCUGUUUCCGAAUUGCUAAUUCGCGGGACCAACAUUGACAAUUCGAAACCGAAGCCAAGAAAUCAAAGAACGAGACUUUGUAACAGUAGAAUAUCGCCGAACGAAGCACCAGCUAGACCAAGUUUUCUCAAGGAAAUUUCGAAAUUGUCACAAAUCAAUCUGUCGCGAUUGAGUCAUCCGACCAAAUGUAGUUAUUCCGUUCUGAGUGGUCAAGAUGACAACGAAGAAAGUCCUCAAGAGGCGAAUUCGUAUUAUCCUUUUCAGCAAGUGGACACCGAAGUGGUGGAGCCAUCUACGGGGAUGGUAAAAUCUCGAAGCGCCAACACGUUGGCGCGUCGACGACAAAAGCCAGCGGAAACCACGGUCAAGUCAUCGGACGUUAACAGCACCGACACAGCGACCGGUACAUCUGGAAUGACUAGAGAUCCUAUCUCCGUACCAAAUUUCCGUGCGCUUACCUUACCCACCCCAGUUUUAACACCCGUGGAAGCAGCCAGACUCGUUUUCGUUGACCCGGACGAAAACAGCGACAACGAAGAACGAAAAGAACCGCCUACAUCCAGGCUAAUAGAAGUUCAAGAAGAACGACGAGACUUCGCGGCUGUGCAUCAAGCCUGUCAACCCAGUCGGGGAGAAAGUUACAGUUCGCAUCUUUACGAAGCGGCGCUUCAAACUCCGAAAACACCAACCACCACGAAAAUACCCACGUCCGCGUCGGUUAGAUUCGCUGAUUUAGAAGAGGGCGAGGAAUCGACGUCAGAUUAUGCGAGUAUAGAAGCGAGAAGCCCUGGUGAUCCUCUGGCCGACGAUGAUUGGCCAUCCGGACGAAAGUGCAAACAGUAUCGUCCCAUAGUUACUCCGUCGACGAUUCGCGAAGGUCAAUUCGGUUUCUGUAAUCCAAAUUACCUUGGGCUAGACGACACGAAGAAUCAUCAUUCUCAUCAGCAACAAUCUCAAGAUGGGAAGUAUGCAAAAUUGUUGAAUAGCCCGCCGGAUAGCGUUUUAGAAGACGAACCGGGCAGAUCUGCCUCGCAAACGUUCGCGGAACUGUUGGAGCUUCAAGAAAUCAAAAGGGUUCCCAGAGUGCCGCCGAAAAGUUUGCCGCUAGGAUCUCCUUCUCGAAGAGCUGUUAGUGCGUCCAGGGCAGAAAGACAAAGAGCUAAAGUUGCCGCGGCUGAUAUCAAUGAAUCGGAAACACCGUCGUAUGGACCAGCACCGCUCUACGUUUUCGUAGUUGGCGGGAAGGAAAAGGGUCAAGUUACCGUGUUCGCGAGACCUGUUUCCCUCUGGAAACUCCAAUUAGCACCACAUAUUUUUUAAAGGUGUUCAAUUCCGUUAACUAUCGUUCUAUAAGUCACGGUCAUAGUCCUGCAAUUACAUAAUAGCUUUAUCGCGUUUAUUUCGUUUGUUGCUCAUUGUUCGUCGAAAACGAUAGAAUUCUAUUCUUUCGUUCUUAUAAUUGUGCGAGUUAAAGGGCUCGUCGAUCCGAGCGAUCAGUCACAUAUUACUUAUACAAGCAGUUAACAAAUGCGAUUCUAGAGUGCCAACGGUUGUUUUAUCGUUUCUAGUUAUCUUUUAUCUAUUUAAGCGAUACAUUUUUUCGUUGUUUUUAGUCUCGAAGACUGAAUAUUUGUUCGAUUAGCCAUACGUUUACUUGUCUUAUAAAUGUGUUUUUUUACUAAAAUAUACAACUUUAUGGUGCAAUAUCGACUAUUGUGAUUAGCACAUGAAAGUACUCGAGCUUAAAAUGUUGGAUUCGAUGCUCUGAUUCUAUUCAACAAGACAUAAGAACGUCGUGCAACAUUAAUUCACGGUUCUUAUCGAAGUUCCGUUUAAUGAUCUUUUAUGAUCACGUUCAACUUUAAAACUAUUAACAAGAAUAAAUUGUAUUUUAUCGUGGUUCUAAAAACAACGCGUAAGUUUUCAUUCUUCGUUUAUGUGCGUCUUAAUGGCAUAUCUUUGAAUAAAUCGUUUCGAGAUAACGUGUGCAUGUUUAUCAAUAUAUGGAGUAAUCGUAAUUUCAAAUUGAUUUGUUCGCUUCGCUAUUUUAGUUUAACUAACGCAACUGUACACAAAACGUUCGUAUUUCUAAUAUACUUGCAAACGAAUACGAGAGUUCAUAUUGAACCGAUUAAGUUAAGAUGAUUGUCCUGCGAUUUAAUUUCUAAACGAAGAAACUAAUACAGUAAACGUUCGUAUCAAGGCGCGAGUCAAGCGAGUCGAACGAAUAGUCUUUUAUCGAUAAUCGUUUACGUCCUGUCAGAUUCAAGAGGAGUGUACACCGUAGACGACGAUCGACGAAUCCUUCUGUAGAUUUAUCGUAAGCGACCCAAUUUUUCAUACCGUUGUAGAUAGAAAAAUUUGUAAAGUUGUAAACUACCAAAACUUUUCAACUCGGAAAUUAAAGGUAAGUAAGCUGCCGUGCUUACAUCGUAUAGAUACUAGAUUAAAAAAUACUCGCUCGACUUGCAUUUAACUGCCAUCGACUGUGAAUUCAGUAUCCGUAGAUUAUUAAGUAGAACUUUAAUAUCCAUAAGCUUGAUAUGACGUUUAAAACGUUUUGAAUAUUAAUGGAGAUCAGUGUGUGAUUGUGUCCAAUUGUGAAUAAUUAAACUACGAUUCGAUUA